AUGAGUCCAACACUUCGGCCAUUAUGGGCCCGCGAUAUUUCCAGCGACUUCUCCUCCGUGUCUAGCUGGGACACGUGCAUGUCCAAGACCUACUGCAAGUGGCCCGUCAUCGUGGGCAUCAUCGUCGGCUCGGUGAUUAUUCUGUGCAUCCUGGCCUGCGUGAUCAAUUGUCUCUGCUGUGGCUACCGAUGCUGCACCGCCUGCUGCGGCUGCUGCUGUCCCUCCGGCCGGCGCAGAAACAAGCAGCCCAAAUACUACGACGAGCCUCCGCUGCAUCAGCCUCCGCUGCCGAGCGCAAACCCGACCUACCAGCCCUCUCCUGCCCCGCCUGCAUACCGCGGCCAGGUGCAGACUGCGCGGUUUGAUAGUUCCAAGCCGUCUGCGAGGGUCAACGAGGAUUCUCUGCCCGCCAUGCCGACCUGGGACAGCGCUGUCGAGAAGCACGUGGAGGACCCCAACGCCCACGCCGAUGAGGUCGAGAUGGAGCCAUUGAACCCGCAGGGCCACGGUCCGGACCGCAAGGGUUCGGUGUCGCCUGGUGUCGCGUACGCGGAUUUCCCGCCUCCCCUCGCCGCCAACCAAGGCGAGUCGUCUGCAUACAGAGGAUACGGCCCCAAUGACCCCUACGGUCGCCGCUCGCCUGGACCCGCAGCUGCAUUUGGCGGCCAGCAAGAUCCCUACGGCCGUCGCUCGCCGGGAGUCAUGUCUCCCCCCGCAGCCGUCGACCCGUACGGACGCCGCUCGCCCGGCUCGAAUGCCGCAUUCCCCGGACAGCAAGAUCCCUAUAGACGCCCCUCACCGGGCCCCAAUGCCGCCUUCGGAGGACAGCAAGAUCCUUACAGACGUGCCUCGCCAGGCCCGAAUGCCGCCUUUGGUGGACAACAAGAUCCCUACGGACCCCGGUCCCCCGGUGGCAUGUCAUCACCGGUUAAUGGCGCCAUGCCUCACAACCCUUACGACACCCAGCAGCAGCAACAGCAGUCGUACCACAACCAGCCGUACGACGAUUAUAAUAACGGCGGUAAUGACGGCCAAUUUCACGCCAUGACGGCCCCCCACGCCGUGACAGCCCCCCACGCCGUGACCUCCCCUUCGCCCGUGGGCGCCUACAAACCACCAACAACCUACAGCCCCGUGCCAAUGGCCUUCUCGCCCUCCUCGGAGAUGGGCGGCCCGGGACACACGGCGCCCCCCUCCAUCGGCGGCGCGAGCCAGUACCCGCCCACCUAUACCUCCCAGCCAGCAGCUCCGUACAGAGGCAUGUCACCCAACCUCCCUUCGCCUUCGCCGCCCCCGGCCGGUCCCCUGCCCUCUCCGCCAACUCAGCAGUACACGGCGUAUAAUGCCUCCUCGACCGAGACCCCACCGAACAGAACCCCGACUGUGCUGCAGAGUGGCCGGAAUGCUGCGCCGGGCUCAUACCGCAAUGUCUAA